AUGACACAGGCAGACAAGUCAGGUGGACCUCCUAGGGCUCAUGCACCCAUGGCAGCGUUUCGGAGAACUAUGGCAAAUUGUGGAUUCAUUGAUAUGGUAUUUGUGGGUAGUAGAUAUACUUGGAGUAAUAAGUUCACAAAAGAGAGAUUGGAUAAGGGGUUUCAGACUCCUCUUUGGCGAAACUGGUUUCCUCACAAUAGAGUUAUCACCCUUGAUCCUUCAGAGUCUGACCACAGCCCUUUACUCAUAGAGAUUCAGGCUGGAAAACAGAGAAAGCAUCGUAGUAGGAGACUGUUCCGUUUCGAAGAAAUAUGGCAUGAGAACUCGGAAUGCAAUGAGAUUAUUAAGCAGGGAUGGGCUCACCCCUUGACGGGAAAUGCGUUAUAG